AUGAAGGAUACCGAAAGUGUGCUGGUGCAAACUAACAUCGAUCGACGAACCUGCCGUCGUGUGAAGCCGAUGCAGGUCCUUGUGCUUGGACUCUGCCGUACAGGAACAUUGUCAACAUGGCUCGCGCUCCAAGAACUCGGCUACGAGACCUACCACAUGACCUCGAUCAUGCAGAACCCCAAGGACGCGGUGCUGUGGGCCGAGGCCUUCCGCGGGAAAUACCACGACGGCCGCCCCUUCACGCGCGCCGACUGGGACCAGCUCUUAGGCCACGUCGAAGCCGUCACGGAUUUCCCGGCCGCCAUCUUCGUCGAGGAGCUGGUCGCCGCCUACCCGGACGCGAAAGUGGUGCUGACGCUGCGCGAUGUCGACGCCUGGUACGCCUCGAUGCAGCAGACCAUCAUGGCGCAGACCUACAGCCCCCUCGCGACGCUGCUGGGGUGGAUCGACCCCGAGAAGUUCGGGGCGGGCAACCGCAUGUGCCGCCUGGGGUUCGACGCGAUGUUCGCCGGCGACUUCGCCCGCAAUGGCAAGCAGGCCUUCCGCGAGCAUUACGAUCGCGUCCGAAGCGUCGUGCCGCGCGAUCGUCUGCUCGAGUGGAACCCUGCUGAGGGCUGGGUGCCCCUCUGUAGCUUCUUGGGGAAGGAUGUCCCGGCCACGCCCUUCCCGCGCGCCAACGAGAAGGCGAUCUUUCAGAAGAAGUCUGCCGCGGUGGUACGGAGCGCGUUUGGGAGGUUUUUGAAAAAGAUGACAUGCUACGGGCUGGGCAUUGCGGUGGCAUAUUUGGCAGCCAGACAUGGCAGGGAGGUGUGGUUGCGUGUGACGCAGUGGGUGUAG